UCUCCGUCUCCGCUUAUUUUAAGCGCAGGCCGAUCUGGAGGAGAGGGAGGUGACGGCGACGCACAGCCUUGUCGUGUCCUCUCCAUCCUCCCACUCGAAGAGUCCAGCACCACUCGGCGAACUCUGCCGGCUCCUGCGCCCGGAGCGACAGCCAUGGGGGAGGCCGCGGACCCGGCGCCGGCGCCGGCGGCCACCACGGAACGCGUCGGCGUGGCGCCGCCGAUGCCGUGGCGGACGCGGCUCGCAGUGCUGGCCGCGGGGUACCUCACCGACGCCACCCGCCGCGCCGACGGCACCGUCAACCGCCGCCUGCUCGGCGUGCUCGACAAGGGCGUCGCGGCGUCGGCGACCCUGUGGAACGGCGUCGCUUCCCGGGACUUCGUCAUCGACGCUGCCGCACCCCUCCGCGCGCGCCUCUUCUACCCCGCCCCCGCCGCCGCCGCCGGUGCUGUCCGUCGACUACCGCCGCGCGCCCGAGCACCGCUGCCCCGCCGCCUACGACGACGUCCUCGCCGCGCCUGAUCUGAUCUUCGGGAAGAAACAGGCGUGCUAUUUUUCAGUUUGUUACAGCAAGCUCUUUCUCCAGAAGAGGAAUCUGUUGAAGCCCUACAGCUUUUACAGCGAGUGCUGAAGAUUUUAGUCUGGAACGCUCGACUACUAUCUGAACAUUCCAAGCAUGAGACAAGAAUCAGAGUCCAGUCAGCAGAAGACCACAUUCCACGAUCGAAACCAUUACCUUAUAAUAACAAUGAGCCCGAUGUAAAGCAUCCAGCACACCAUUGCACACAUCAGCUUCAACAAGAUCAUCUUCAAUCAAGCCCAAAGGAAUGUCCUCUGCCUGGUUGGAGGAAGACGCUCCAGGUGCUUAAGUACUCGGUGGAACAGAGCUAGGAGGAGGUGAAGGUUACGCAUGUCUAGAAGGAGCAGUCCCUUCCUCCUCCCCCAUCGUCGCUUCUUCGUUAGUAGGAGAAAGGUGGGACACUCUCAUCGUGGCAGAAUUCUCCGCAUCCGGUAUUGUCUCUUCCGGGACGCUUUCGACUGGCUCGGGGGCUGGAGCAGAUGACUGAGAGCUGACUGGUUCUAACCUCAGAUGAUUCAACUCACCAGCAGUUCUGCAUAGAUCAAAUAUCAUAUUUUACACCCAUCCAAGAUGGUAUCAAAAAUUACUUGGGUCAGGAGACUUACAUUUUUACCCUCUUGACAAUAAGCUUCAUUGGCACUUGCAACACCCUGCGUACUGGAUGUGUACCAGUCGAGGCGUUAGUGGCAUCUACUGAACCACUCGCACCUUGACUUGUACCCGCCAUAGCCUCAUCAGCAAAACUGGGGGCUGGCGGCGCGGCAGUGUUACCCUUCCAGUGAGGCAGACAACUUCCUCUGCUAAAAUCCGACGCCUCGUCAGAUGACGAUACUGGAUCCUCUUCGUCUGAUUCUUCAAGAUUAAUUGCUAGUGGCGUAUGAAAAAGCUUUUGGUUCUUUGCCUCCUCAGAAUUGGGGAUAGGAGGAUCACUCUUGAAGACCUCAACAUUCUGCUGCAGAAAUCAGCAAAAUCAAGUAAGAAUCUAAUGAUUCUGUCUACGACUACUCGAAAAACUAGUCAACAAAGACAAAUACUCAGAAACAACCUACCUGCGAAGGAGGAUUACUUGCUCAAAAGACUGUAGGAACAUAUGGGACACUGAUUAGAUCUGGAAAUAUAUUUCGGAUUAUUCUCAA